AUGAAAAAAAAUUUUUUUUAUUUUUUUAAUAUUUAUAAUUUUAUUAAUAUAUUUUUGUUUUUUAAAGUUAACAAAAAAAGUGUUACAAAAUUAAUUUUUGGAAGUUCUACACCAAGAGAUUUAUCAUAUCUUAAUAAAAUUCCAUACAAACAUAGAAUAUAUAAUGCUGAAAUUCCAAAACCUGUUAUCAUAACAAAUCCAUCUCCUUCCAAUAAAAAUAAAUAUGGAAAACAUUCUCUUUCAAAAGAUGUAAGAAUAAAUAUUAAUAAGUAUAAUAAAAAAAAUGAAAAAAAUGAAAAUAAACUUGAAUUAAAUUUUAAAGACUUUUCCCAGAAGAUUAAAAUACAAAUGAAUGGUAGUGAUGAAGACAAUGAAGAUGAUAAAAGUUUGUCACCAUACUCUGAACCUGAUCUUUCUAAUGAUCAUUUUCAUUAUCUUUCACUUCCAUUAUCUAAUACAAACAGUCACCGAAGCUUAAAUGACAAUUUUUUUAAAGAUCUUUCUGACAAAGAACAUUUAAAUGAAAAAACUGCACCAUUAGAAAUGUUAUUUAUUAGUCAGUGCAAUCACCCAGCAUAUAAUAUACAUGAUUCCCCGUUAAAGGAGCAAUUACUUCUUAAUGAUAAAAGUAAAUUUUUAUUAAAUGAUAGUCAACAAAUAUUAUUUGAUCACAAUUUCGAUGAAUGUGAAGAAAAAAUAAUUAGUAAAACCAGUGAUAUUAAAAGUCUAAGAGAAGAAAUGGAAAAAAUAAAAUAUAAUAAAUAA